AUGACGGCCGCCGCCGCAAACGCCAAUCGCGCCUUUCCCGCCCACCCUUUCUCCACGAAUCCGCUGACCGAGCGCGCUCAUGUCGUCGACGCCGUCAGAUCGCUCCUCGACCCGCUCCUGGCGGGCUUCUCGGACGAGGGCUCGCUGGUGAAAGUCGGGGGCUCGGGGACCAGAUUCGACGAGACGGCCGCGCAGGUCGAGGGGUAUGCGCGGCCACUAUGGGGUCUCGCGGCGUUGAUUGCCGGUGGAGAUAAGUAUGAGGGAACGCAUCGCUUUGUGCAAGGUCUGAUUUCUGGGACGGACCCCGAGAGCCCUGGGUUCUGGGGGUAUAUGGAAGAUGUUGAUCAGAGGAUGGUGGAGGCCUGCCCGAUUGGAUAUACGCUUGCGGUUGCGCAUAAAGAGUUUUGGGACCCGUUGACGGAGAAGCAGAAGAAGAAUGUGGAGACGUGGCUGGGGAGCAUGAAUGAUAAGGAGAUGCCGAAUACGAACUGGCUCUGGUUCCGCGUCUUUGCCAAUCUCGGUCUUGCGAAGAACGGAGCGAAGUGGUCCAAGGAGAAGGUUGAGAGUGAUAUCAAGCAGCUGGAUACGUUCUAUCGCGGCGAGGGAUGGUCCAACGAUGGACCUGAGCAUUAUCGCCAGAUGGACUACUACUCUGGAUCUUUUGCCAUCCAAUACCUGCAGCUGGUCUAUUCCAAGCUUGCUGCAGACAUUGACCCCACGAACGCCGAGGAAUAUAAGAAGCGUGCAAAAUCGUACGCUCUCGACUUUGUCCACUUCUUCGACCCCGAAGGCCGAGCCAUCACGUUCGGGCGCUCGCUCACUUACCGUUGGGCCAUGGUGGCGUUCUGGGGGGCAGUUGUAUUCGCUGACGUCGAGCUUCCAUCUCCCCUAUCCUGGGGCGUCAUCAAAGGUAUCUGGCUGAGGAACCUUCGGUGGUGGACUACGCAACCAGAUAUCUUCCAAUCAAACGGCAUGCUCACUAUUGGCUACUCGUACCCCAACACGUACCUCGCAGAAAACUACAACUCUCCUGGCUCCCCGUACUGGAGUAUGCUGGCCUUUGCCCCGCUAGCAAUGCCUGAAAGCCAUCCGUUCUGGAGCGCAAAAGAGGAGCCUCACCCGUUUGCAAACCAGCGGAUUGUAAAGUCACUGCCACAUCCACGACAGAUUGUUGUCCGGAGCGGGGGACACUCGUUUCUGCUUUCAAGCGGGCAGUCGUGCCACUACGCGAUCAAGAACUCGAACGCCAAGUACGGGAAGUUUGCGUACAGCGCUGCAUUCGCAUACUCUGUUUCGACGGGUUAUCAAGAGUUGGAGCAGUUCGUGCCCGAGUCUUCACUCGCAUUUUCUGACGACGGCGGGGAGCUGUGGAAGAUGCGACGGGCGCACAACGGCGACUCGCAGGUGGAAGAGCAUGACGGUGUGCCUGUGCUAGUGUCGAGUAUGAAGCCGUGGCACGAUGUGGAGGUGCGCACGUAUCUUAUCCCGCCUGCAGAAGACGGGCCGAACUGGCAUCUACGCGUGCAUCGUAUCACCACAGGACGCGACUUGAUGACUGCAGAGGGUGCGUUUGCUGUGUAUGGAUGUCGUGAGUUGGACGGCAAGGCACUGGGCGAGCUGGAUGAAGGGCUGUCUGAGGGUGGGAAGGUAGAUGGGCAGAGUGCAUUUGCAGCAUCCAGGUCGGGGGCUGUGGGGAUUGCAGAGCUGGGGGAGAGUAAGCGGGCAGGAAGCGUGUUGCAGGUCGAUGCGAACUCGAAUCUUGUCGAGGCGAGGAGCGUGCUGCCGGUUGUGCGUGGGGAUGUCAAGGCUGGGCAGACGGCGUGGUAUGUGACGGGCGUGUAUGCGCUGCCGGCGAGCGUGGAGGGGUGGAAGGGGCAGUGGACAGGCGGGUGGGGGGCGAGGCCGGCGAUUCCAGCGUGGGUGGGGGAGAUGCAGUGGUGGCAGCGACUCGUGCACCACCGCAAAUCCACAGCCGGCCAGCCAGACCGACCACAGGGAUCGCCCGUCACUUGCCCACUCCCCCCACCACUGCAGCUCUUCAACACGGCGCAACCAGCCCCCGCCCCCGACGCGACCUCACCCGACGCGCCCUCGUGCCCUCCGCCCGCGCCGCUGCACAUUGCCAACCAGCUCACCACGGCCAGCGCCAUCCUCUGGGACCCCAAGCACACGGCGCGACCGCCCCCGGGCAGCCUCCAGCCCACCCACGCCGGCACCCUCGCCGUGCCCCACCGCACCGACUCGUCCAUCAGCGUGCGCGCUCUCGGCGACGGCCUGGUCAUCCCCACAGUCCCCUCAGCGCCCAGCAUGGACAACCGCCGCCACCCCAGCUCGUUCCAGCAGCUCGAGAAGCUCGGCGAGGGCACCUAUGCCACCGUCUUCAAGGGCCGCAACCGCCAGACGGGCGAGCUGGUCGCGCUCAAGGAGAUCCACCUCGACUCGGAGGAAGGCACGCCGUCAACAGCCAUCCGCGAGAUCUCGCUUAUGAAGGAGCUCCGCCACGAGAACAUCGUCCUGCUGCACGACGUCAUCCACACGGAGAACAAGCUGAUGCUCGUCUUCGAGUACAUGGACCGCGACCUCAAGCGCUACAUGGACUCGCGCGGCGACCGCGGCGCCCUCGACCCGCCCACCAUCAAGUCGUUCAUGUACCAGCUGAUGAAGGGCAUCGCCUUCUGCCACGACAACCGCGUCCUGCACCGCGACCUCAAGCCCCAGAACCUGCUCAUCAACACGCGCGGCCAGCUCAAGCUCGCCGACUUUGGCCUGGCCCGCGCCUUUGGCAUCCCCGUCAACACCUUCUCCAACGAGGUCGUCACCCUGUGGUACCGCGCCCCGGACGUCCUGCUCGGCAGCCGCACCUACAACACCAGCAUCGACAUCUGGUCCGCCGGCUGCAUCAUGGCCGAGAUGUACACGGGCCGCCCGCUGUUCCCCGGCACCACCAACGAGGACCAGGUCCAGAAGAUCUUCCGCCUCAUGGGCACCCCCUCGGAGCGCUCGUGGCCCGGCAUCUCCCAGUUCCCAGAGUACAAGGGCAACUUCCCCGUCUACGCCACCCAGGACCUGCGCCUCAUCCUGCCCCAGGUCGACCAGGUCGGCCUGAACCUGCUCAACAGCAUGCUGCAGCUGCGCCCGGAGAUGCGCGUCUCGGCCACCGCCAGCCUGCAGCACCCGUGGUUCAACGACCUGCCCCAGAGACAGCAGGACCACGCCCAGGCCGUCGCAGCCGCACAGGCCCAGGCUCAGCAGAUGGGCGCCUACCCCGUUCCCCAGAACGCCUACUAG